AUGAAGGAUAUCGAGCGACAGAAGAAUGAACUUCUACGCUCUGUAUAUGAAAAUAUAAUUAAAACGGAACAGGUCUACCGUUCGAACCAACUUAAAAUUGAGCAUCUUCAAGGAGAGCUUGAGAAGACACGUACUCAACUUGCGCUUCACCGAGCACUUCUUGACAGCGCUAUCGAUAAAUCUAAGCAACUGGAAGCUGAAAUGGCAGAUCAAAAAUAA